AUGUCUAACCAAGAUUCUAUAUCAAAUAAAGAUAAAAAAUCAGAAUAUAAUUCUAAUACUGUCAAUAAACGUGUAGCAAGUCUUUUUGGUCCAAUGGAUGAUGACGAUGAUGAUGUGAACGAAAAAAUACCACGUUCACCUUUCGUUCUAACUGGUUUACCACCAGAGCCUGAAGAAGGUAAUAUAGAAUAUAAAUUAAAAUUAGUCGAUCCAAAUCCAUAUCGUCUUGAACAUUUAAUAACUCAAAUGAAUUGGCGUUUACAAGAAGGACAAGGUGAAGCUUUAUAUGAAAUAGGUGUUGAAGAUUGUGGAACAUUAAGUGGUGUUAGUAAUGAAGAAUUGCAAGCAUCAUUAGGAACAUUAAAAAAAAUGGCUGAUAGAUUAGGUGCAUCAAUAACGAUAUUAUUUCAACGUAAAUUAGAAAAUGAAAGACAUAUUGUUGAAGUACUUGUGCGUAAAGUCCCUGAUGAUCAACAUUUUAUUGAUUUACGUGUUGCUGUAUUGGGCACAGUUGAUAGUGGUAAAAGUUCACUUGUUGGUGUUUGUACACAUGGUGAACUUGAUAAUGGACGUGGACGUGCACGAUUAAAUUUAUUUCGAUAUUUACACGAAAUUCAAACAGGAAGAACAUCUUCAAUAACACAUGAAAUACUUGGCUUUGAUGAUUUAGGAAAAAGUAUUGAUUAUGGUCGUUGUCGAACAGCAAAUGAAAUAUGUGAUCAAUCAACAAAAAUAAUUACUUUUACUGACUUAGCUGGCCAUACAAAAUAUAUGAAAACAACAAUAUUUGGUCUUUCAUCACAUGCUGCUGAUUUUGCAAUGUUAAUUGUUGAUGCACCAUCAAGUGUUGUUGAUACAACACAUGAACAUUUCUCAUAUGCUACUACAUUAGAUGUACCUGUUUUUGUUGUGAUUAAUAAAAUUGAUUUAUGUUCAAAAACAAGUAUUCAACAAACAAUUGGAUGUUUAACGUAUUUACUUAGACAUGGAAAUAGUUCAAUACAACUUCAACCAUGUGUUAUUGAAAAAGAUGAUGAUCUUGUUAAAGCAGCUGAUAUGUUGGUUGAAAGACGUAUAUGUCCAAUAUUUUCUGUUUCUUGUGUUACUGGUGAAAAUAUUGAUUUAUUAAAAAAAUUUCUUAAUAUUUUACCACCAAGAUUAAGUAGUAAAGAACAAGAAAGACUGUCACAAUCACCUGUUGAAUAUCGAAUUGAUGCAAUCUACAUAAACAAUUCAUCAGGUACAGCAAUUGUUGGUGGUAUAUUACGAAGUGGUAUAAUACGUGAAAAUGAAAGUCUUCUUGUUGGUCCUCUAUUAGAUGGUACAUUUUUACCAGCUAAAGUAAGUACAAUUCAUCGAUAUCGUGUUCCAAGACGAAUGGUUCGUGCUGGUCAAGCAGCAACACUUUGUCUUCCACAUGUCGAAGGUAGUCAAUUGAGAAAGGGUAUGGUACUUGUUUCAUCAACAUCUAAGCCCGAAGCAUGUUUUGAAUUUGUUGCGGAAAUUUGUCUUUCUAUGCAUCAUACUAAUACAUCAAUACGUAAAGGUUUUGAAACGACUGUUCAAAUAGAAAAUAUUCGUCAAACAGCAUUAAUCAUUGAUAUGGAUAAAGAAGAAUUACAUGCAGAUAAAGAAGCUACUGUAACAUUUCGAUUUCGAAAUCGUUGUGAGUAUGUAUUAGAAGGAUCUCGAUUAAUCUUUCGAUCCAGUAAUCAAACAAAAGGUAGUGGACGUGUUAUUAAAGUUCUACCACAACAAAAACAACAAGAUACAACAACAAGUUAA